GGAGUGCCCACAUCCAAGAUGGCGCCCCCAGGAGCUGGGAGCGGGUGACCGGCGGCGGGGAAGCGGCCUGGGCUGGCCCUCAGAUUGCGGGGUCCCGGGGGCCUGUCGCGGGGCGCCCCCGUGACCCACCGACCAGGCCUUCCCCCGGGCCGGAGCGAUGGCCGCCGAGAACAGCAAACAGUUCUGGAAGAGGAGCGCCAAGCUGCCGGGGAGCAUUCAGCCUGUGUACGGAGCUCAGCAUCCUCCUCUGGAUCCUCGGCUCACCAAAAAUUCCUUCCAACUUCCCAACACUAGCUUCAUCAAAGAACGGUCAAAAGUCAACUCAGUUCCUCUGAAGAACAAGAAGGCCUCUAGUUUCCAUGAGUUUGCCCGGAAUACCAGUGACGCUUGGGACAUUGGCGACGAUGAGGAGGAGGACUUUUCCUCCCCUCCUUUCCAAACUCUGAAUUCCAAAGUGGCUCUGGCAACCGCAGCCCAGGUCCUGGAAAACCACAGCAAGCUGAGGGUAAAACCAGAACGGUCCCAGUCCACAACUUCGGAUGUCCCUGCCAGCUACAAGGUCAUAAAGUCCAGCAGCGAUGCUCAGCUGUCCCGAAACUCCAGUGACACGUGCCUGAGGAACCCCCUCCACAAACAGCAGUCUCUCCCUCUCCGGCCCAUCAUCCCCCUUGUCGCCCGCAUCUCAGACCAGAAUGCUUCUGGGGCCCCUCCAAUGACAGUCCGGGAGAAAACCCGCCUGGAAAAGUUCCGCCAGCUGCUCUCCAGCCACAACACCGACUUAGAUGAGCUGAGGAAGUGGAGCUGGCCAGGCGUGCCCCGGGAAGUCCGACCAGUGACCUGGAGACUCCUGUCGGGCUACCUCCCGGCAAACACCGAGCGGCGGAAGCUGACGCUGCAGCGGAAGCGGGAGGAGUACUUCGGCUUCAUCCAGCAGUACUACGACUCUCGCAAUGAGGAGCACCACCAGGACACCUACCGACAGAUUCACAUUGACAUUCCAAGGACGAACCCUCUCAUUCCGUUGUUCCAGCAGCCGCUCGUCCAGGAGAUCUUUGAAAGGAUUCUCUUUAUCUGGGCCAUCCGGCACCCCGCCAGUGGGUAUGUCCAGGGAAUUAAUGACCUGGUCACUCCGUUCUUUGUCGUCUUCCUCUCGGAAUAUGUGGAGGAGGAUGUGGAGAACUUUGACGUGACCAACUUGUCUCAGGACAUGCUGCGAAGCAUUGAAGCCGACAGCUUCUGGUGCAUGAGCAAGCUGCUGGAUGGGAUCCAGGAUAACUACACCUUCGCACAACCGGGGAUCCAGAAGAAGGUCAAGGCCCUGGAGGAGCUUGUCAGCCGGAUCGAUGAGCAGGUACACAGUCACUUCAGGAGGUACGAGGUGGAGUACCUGCAGUUCGCCUUCCGGUGGAUGAACAACCUGCUGAUGCGGGAGCUUCCGCUGCGCUGCACCAUCCGCCUGUGGGACACGUACCAGUCUGAGCCAGAAGGGUUCUCGCACUUCCAUCUCUAUGUGUGCGCAGCCUUCUUGAUCAAGUGGAGGAAGGAGAUUCUGGAUGAGGAAGACUUUCAGGGCCUCCUCAUGCUGCUGCAGAACCUGCCUACCAUCCACUGGGGCAACGAGGAGAUCGGGCUGCUGCUGGCCGAGGCCUACAGACUCAAGUACAUGUUUGCCGACGCCCCCAACCACUACCGCCGAUAGGUGCUGUCUCCCCUGGGGACCCGGACCGCCCCCGUCUCUGAUGGCGAUUUCAUCACUGUGGCCACCGUGCAAGCCGUGGACCCCGGCCAGGAACCACUCCUGCUGUACAAAGCUCGCCCGCCCGCCGCCUCUGCCACCCAGGUCUUAACUUCACAGCAUCCGCCACUUUGUGUCUCGGGAUGUGUGUCUGGGACCACUGUCAGUAUUCUGUGCCGUGUGUGGGGGCCGGGCUCGGGGAGGGGACUCCAGGAGACACUGGACAAAAGAAGGGGAGGCUCCGGGCCUGCCCCACACCGUCCCUACGCGCACCUGCUGGCUCUGCCAGGAACCAGCUGGUGCUGUUUUCUUUUGCUUUUCUUUUUCAAACAGGAGAACCACAAAUUUUCUAAUAGGCCCAAGGCAGGGGAUAUUAGGUUCUAAUGCUGUUGCUUUCUGUGACUCAGUUUGAUCUGGUCACAGGUCAGAGACAUUCUGUUUCCGGCAGGCUCCCGCCCCCCCUUUCUUCCCCUUCGUUUCCGUUGCUCCUCCUGCCCCAGCUGAGCCAGUGACACAGUGAGUGAGCCCUUCCCUCUCAGGUGGAGGACACGCCAUGCUCACAACUCUGAGGAGAGGCCUACACUCCAGGGCUAGGAACCACAUUUUCCCUUUCCUCCUCUGUUAUCUGCCCCCCUCUGGGGUGUGUGUGUGUGCGUGUGUGUGUGUGUGUGUGUGUGUGUGUGUGUGUGUGUGAGAAUAUGUACAAGCCCAUCAGCAUUUUGUCACAUGUCUGAAUUUGUAUCCAGACUAACCCAUCAGAACCAGUCAGGAAGGACCCCAGGGACCAAGCAUUUGAUGGUCCCUUGAGAGAGAACAGGGCAGGGGAUGGAGAAAGAGGGUUGUUCCAUUUUGGUUUUUUUUUUUUAAACCACCUCUUUGAACCCUUUUUCCAGGGGGAACCACUCCAAGAUAUUAUGUAUAAAUUGUGUUAUUAUGUAUAUGGUAAAGGUGUACAAAUCUGUCUUCUUUGUAGCAGAUAUGAUUUUAUAUUUAUAGUGUGCGUUGACAUGUGAAAGCAAUCUAGUCAUUAGCACAGGAUGAAGUUACUGGGCUGGUAGCUUCAGGAGAGACCUGGGAGCCAUCUGGAGGCGGUGGCCACAGAGGAGCAAUCUGUCCAGAAUCAGUGUCUCAGCCUUCCUGGCUUCCGCUCUCCUCCCGCCCCUCCCCGGGCCUUGGUGGGCGCCUGCCUGUCCUUCCCUUUCCACUGCUGAGCUCCUCUGCCUGAACCCCGGCUGUCUCCCGGGAAGGACUGCAGGGCCGGAAGGCCUCCUCAGGUUUUACAGCCCCAGACUCUGUCUUCCCUGGUGGGAAGUCAGCACUGUGGUCAGGACAGAGCUGGCUGACAAGUCAGCACCAAGAGGGGGCCCCCUGCGUUCCCCAAAAUUGGGGGCCCUUUCCAGAAAGUGGCACCGGGUGUCCCCUGCUGUCACCGCCUCACUCCCCACAGCUCUGAGCUGUCUGGUGUUUGGUAGUAGAGAAGGGAGGAUGGAGGCCACGGCCCUCUUGGGAAGCCAGGCAGUGUUCCCAGGUGCCACCUUGAGCUCACCUGCCCGUGUCAGUCACUCCACCACAGGCCACGCCCCACCCGGCCACGCCUCACCCGGUGAGUUAGGCCCCUCAGCCAAGGUGUUUCUCAGGCGCUCUUCCCAUCCCCCGCCAUCCCUCGGUGUGCCUCAGUAGCCUCCUUCACAGAGGAGAGGACUCGGGACCCUCCCUCACACAGACUGAUUAAAGAAAGACACUUGUGUUCCCAAGUGGUGGUUUUAUUUUUUUAGUUUUAUGUUUGUAUGGGAAAUUGUGGAUAAAGUGAACGGACUGUAAAUAAACAGUGUUUUCUCCUC